GGUGCUGCUCGCCCAAAAUGAGUACACUGAAUUCGCGAAUCGUCACCUCGGCAUGAUGGCGUCGACUCUGCGCCCGCUGAGGGCAUUGGAUUAUGCUGCACAGUCUCGUCGCUACCUAUUCGAAGCAAGCCAUUCCACACGGCGUACGAUCACGACGAACGUCCCCGCAUCCCAAGCUCACACACGUCUCGCGUCCCCUCUGUCCACUCGACGGCCGUCGUCGCCUUCGUUACCUCCGCGGCUAUGUGCGCCCUUGCAUACCUCGCUCUUUCGGCCCAGACGUGCCCACAAUCAGGAGGAGAUCCCCGAGGGGCCCCCAACGACCGACUUCAACCGCAUGGACAUGCUGGGCCAGUCGCCCGCGCCCUCGACGUCCGUGGACAUCUGCUCCUCGGAUGGGUUCAAGCUCAACAGCGGCGUGUCGAUCUACGACGGCAAGGGCGUACUGCUGGUCGGCGGCGAGGCGUUUGAGUGGCAGCCGUGGGGAAAAAACAUGAAGCUCAUAAAUACCAAGGGUCAAUGGGAGGUGGAAGAGGGGGCUUUCGGGCUGUUGGAUCUGCUUUGGCCCAAACCCGAUUUGCUCAUCCUUGGCUUGGGCCCUGAGAUGAGGCCUUUGAGCCCGGCGACGCGACGGUAUCUCACAAGCCUGGGCCUGCGCAUUGAGAUCCUGGAUACGAGGAACGCAGCUUCACAGUUUAACAUGUUGGCUACGGAGCGAGGGGUAGACGAUGUUGCUGCGGCCUUGAUACCAAUCGGUUGGAGGGAGGGUAUAGGUGCAAGAUACGACUAGGAAGACCCUUUGCGCAAUAGCAACGCUCGCUUGCUCACC